AUGACCCAGAUGUUCUCAUCGCUGGCCGUCUUGGCCCUAGCAUUGUCCUCCGCGAUUGUUGCUUCUCCGGCACCUCAACUGGUGUCUGGCAUCGUAGACCCAGCCACCUGCCUUGCUGUCGAUAUCAUUGUCGGCCUCCUUGUCGGCGAUCCCUUGGCUGUGGCCUACUGCGCUGUAGUCACCAUUCGACACCCGAAGAUACAAGAACCACCACGAUUGUUGAAGCCAACUGCAAUUACAGUCACGAGUGCCAACUCCAACUCUGCUGUCCCGCCCACCAUCACAAGCAGCGCUACGACGACAACUACCAUCAGCUCUUGCACGGCCAGUCCAACCCCAUUCAGACGUCACUUCUUCCCUGGUGAGGCUCCAAUCCCCGCCCUUGUCACCCGGUACCAAACUCCCAACAUUACCAAGGGGUGUUCAUGCCUCAGUCUGCCCACCCCAACAGUCACAUCCGUCAAGGCUGUCACUAUAUCUCCUACCAUCACGAUCACGAGGACCACAGACAUUCCCGGAGCCGGCAGCCCCGUCGUCGCGACUUCAACAGUCACGCAUACCUCGACGACGACAGCCUGUCCUGCGCUCGCGACUUGCGGAAAUCAGGGUGUUGAGUUUGCGUACUAUAACAGAACUGCUGGCGGUGAUUUAGACGACUCCCAGCCCGAAGUCUACAAAAUGACAUCUACGGCUCCCCUCUCCUCUCGGAAUUCCGACUUCAUUCUCAACCACCGUGAUUACAUCUACGCCCGUAUGACGGGCGCCUGCACCUUCGCCCUCAACCAAGUCGACGACGCUGCUUACGCUGGCUGGACUGGCGCGAACGUCGACGCCGGAGUCGUGUAUGACAACGGACCGGCGCAAGGCACCUUUACUGCCGACUUGGCAGAAGGCGAGUACUAUCCAUUCCGCAUCAUCUACGGCCAGGGCCCUCGCAUUGGCGAGUUCGACAUCAGGGUCACCUCCCCAGAUGGCACCACUUUCCUGUCUUCUGGUACGACGGGGUCCCCGUACCUGGUCAGGUUCUCGUGCGAUGGGAGCACGGCACCGCCCUUCAGCUCUUUUGGAUUGGAGCCUUAG